UUUUUUCUUUUUGAAUUAAAUGUAAUAGGCUUUGAUUAUUAAUUUGGGAAUUUGGUUUUACGGAGUAUAAUAUUACUCCGGGCAUAUUUAUUCCCCCUUUUAACGUUAACGUUGCCGGAGAUUCAGCAAAUGUCUUCCUCCAAUUCAUAUCCACUUCAAAAUGAGAUCUCUCUUCUCCGCAGAAAGACAAAUCUACCCUUGAUGUAUUUCAAAUUCACAUCUUACGAGCAUAAUAGCUUUCUCUUAUUCCUCCUUACUUUUGUGCCCUUUUUGGUAAACUCGCACCCUCCAUUGACGGACCUUGACGUCUUGCUCGAACUUAAACGGCAGUGGGGUAAUCCGUCUUCUCUCCGGCGGUGGAGCGCCACCUCCUCAUCUCCGUGUAGCUGGCCGGGAAUAGAGUGCUCCGGCGACGGAUCGGUCACCGGAAUAAUUCUCAGCAACUACAACAUUACCUCUGAAAUUCCGAGUGAAAUCUGCAACCUUAAGAACCUCACGACGCUCGAUCUCUCCUACAACUAUGUUCCCGGCGAAUUCCCGACGUUCCUUUACAACUGCUCGAAGCUGGAGUACUUGGAUCUCUCUCAGAACUACUUCGUCGGCCCCAUUCCCGGCGACAUCGACGGGCUUCGGGAGCUCCGGUACCUGAACAUUAGCUACAACAAUUUCACCGGGAACAUCCCGCGCGCCGUCGGGAAUCUGUCAGAGCUCCGGGAUCUGAGGCUGUGUUGCAAUCUGUUCAACGGCACCUUCCCGGCCGAAAUCGGCAAUCUGUCCAAUCUCGAAAACCUGGAAAUGGCGUACAACAGCUUCUCCCCGUCGGCGAUCCCCGAGGAGUUUGGUAGCUUGAAGAAUCUCAAGGUCAGCUGGUGGACGUCGACGAAUUUGGUCGGACAAAUUCCCAAAAGCUUCGACAAUUUGUCAAGCUUAGAGCAAUUGGAUUUAUCUCGCAACAGGCUAGAAGGUGAAAUCCCACGAGGUUUGUUUCUGCUCCCAAAUCUCCGCCAUUUAUAUUUGUGGAACAACGAGCUUUCAGGCACAAUUCCAUCCGAUUUCGCCAUGAAUUCGAGAUUGGUUGAGGUCGAUUUGUCUAGCAACAAGCUGACCGGUAAAAUCCCAGUCGGGUUCGGAGAGUUGCAGAGACUGGAAGUUUUAGCGCUCUUCGAGAAUAGGUUGUCCGGUGAAAUUCCACCAGGAAUAGGCAGAAUCCCAUCUCUGAAAAAUUUCAAAGUUUUCACAAAUAAUUUGAGUGGGAUUUUGCCUCCUGAGAUGGGGCUUCAUUCUAAGCUGGAAGGCAUGGAAGUCAGUGAUAAUAGACUCAUCGGAAAGUUGCCUGAGAAUUUAUGCGCCGGCAAGGCCCUGCGCGGCAUAGUAGCAUUUGAUAACAAUCUGACCGGAGAAAUCCCGCGAUCGCUUGAGAGUUGUGACACAUUGUUAACUAUUCAGCUUUACAAUAAUCGCAUGACGGGGGAGAUUCAACCAUGGUUAUGGACACUGAAGAGCAUGAUUAGAGUGAUGAUAGGCAACAACUCAUUCUCUGGUAAUCUUCCGAGUGAGGUCGCUGAGAAUUUAACAAGAUUAGAGGUCAACGACAACCGAUUUCAAGGCGAAAUCCCAGCUAAUAUAUCAUUGUUGAAAGGUAUUCGUGUGUUUCAUGCCAGUAACAAUCUACUCUCAGGUCGAAUUCCAGAGGAAUUCACUGGUCUUUCUAAGCUGAUUGAGCUUAAGCUAGAUGGGAACUCACUUUCUGGUCAACUUCCACUGAAGUUUCUAUCUUGGACAUCGUUGACUGCGUUGAGUCUUGCUAGAAAUAAGCUUUCUGGCAAUAUUCCAAUGACGAUUAGUUCUUUGGACAAUCUUCUUAAUCUAGACUUAUCAGAUAACCAGUUCUCUGGUCCAAUCCCUCCGGAGUUAGGUCGUUUGAGGCUCAAUACGCUUAACUUGUCAUCAAACAACCUCUUUGGGAAAAUCCCCAACCAAUUUGAUAGCCUCGCUUUUGAAAACAGUUUCUUGAACAAUCCAAGUUUGUGUGCUAACAAUCUGAGGCUUCCACACUGUAAUGAGAAAACACAACCCUCUAACGACUUGCCACCCAAGAUUAUUGCUCUUAUCGUAGUUUUGGCAUCCUUUAUUUUCCUUGCAUCUGUAGGAUUACUUUUGUCCAUGAUUAGAUACCACAAGAGGAAGUACCUAAGGCCUGAUGUCCCGACAUGGAAGAUGACCCCAUUCCAAAAGUUGGAUUUCACCGAAGAAACCAUUCUAUCUAGUUUAACAGAAGACAAUAUGAUUGGGAGUGGCGGCGCGGGAAAAGUGUACAAGACUACCACCGGGAAAUCUGGUGAGUAUGUUGCUGUGAAGAAAAUACGAAGUGGCGAAUCAAAGUUGGAUAUUGAGCUUGAGAAGCAGUUUCUUGCGGAGGUUGAGAUACUAGGUUCAAUCAGGCAUUCAAAUAUUGUGAAGCUGAUGUGUUGCAUUUCAAGCGAUGAGGGCUCAAAACUAUUGGUCUAUGAGUAUAUGGAAAAUGAGAGUCUUGAUAGAUGGUUGCAUGAAAGAAAGAGAGGCGUUAUUCAGAAUGUGGGAUUGGAUUGGCCUAAACGAUUGCAAAUAGCCAUUGGUGCCGCUCAAGGCCUCUAUUAUAUGCACCAUGACUGUGUUCCUCCCAUUAUUCACCGCGACGUGAAAUCCAGCAACAUCUUGUUGGAUUAUGAGUUCAACUCUAAGAUUGCCGAUUUUGGUUUAGCAAAAAUAUUGGCCAAGAAAGGUGAUGCUAACACCAUGUCUGCUGUUGCUGGAUCCUUUGGUUAUAUUGCACCAGAGUAUGCAUAUACGACGAGAGUGAACGAGAAGAUCGACAUUUAUAGUUUCGGGGUGGUGUUACUAGAGCUCGUGACAGGAAAAGAACCCAAUUUCGCAGGCGAGUAUACAAGCAUUGUGGAAUGGGCAUACCACCACACUACAGAAGAAAAGACCAUUGACGAAAUCUUGGAUGCAGAGAUCAAGAAACCAGAGUUCUUGGAGGAUUUGAAGGCGGUGUUCAUGCUCGGGCUUAUGUGUACUAACAGAAACCCUUCAAACAGGCCUCCCAUGAAAGAUGUUUUGCGGAUUCUCCACCGUUGCAAACCUCUUAAUGCCUCGGAUGGAAAGAUGUCAGGGAAAAACUACGAUUUGGAACCUCUUCUUGCCCAUGAUAGCUGGUCAGCUACAAAGAGAAACUUGAGGAAGGCGGAUGACGAUGAAAGUGUUGAUAAUAUACUCUCCAUUGUUUAACACCGAAACGGAAAACAUAUCUUCAAUUUGGCUAUUUUAUGGAUUUGAUUUUCCAUUGAAAGGGCUGUGAAAAGGUAUCACUCCUUGGACUUUCUACUUCUGAUGCCUUGAAAUUACUUGUUAAUUUUGUAUAGGUAGUUAUUGAGAUCAGAAUGAGUGUCUUAUUUGCCAUUAUGUAUCUUCAUAACAAGUUGAAUGCACACUACACUUGUGAAAAGUCCAAUGCAAUUUAACCAUUUUAUGAUAAUAGCAUUUUUUUAUCUAGAUUAUUUUUAUGUUGUCAGAAACUACCUUUUAAAUGUAUCACCUCUUAAGAAAGGUGAGAUGGGUUC